AUGUUCCUGUGCCCUACAGCAACCCAAGCGUCAAGCCUAACCGCUUAUCUGUCUAACUUUGAAUUCGAUUACUCGGGAAAGUCAACAGAAAAGCUUGAUUGGAGGACAUUUAUUGUGUUCGUUGCUCUUCAAUGCGCCGCUCCUUUCGUCGCUCUUCUUCUAUCGCUACCAGAAAAGGUACAGCGAGCCGAUGGUAAGAGGGUGAAGACAGCCGAAAGAAUUAGUACGGUUCAGGAGGUGAAAGAAGUUUUGAAGGUCCUUACCCGGAAAGACUUCCUCCUCGUACCCGCGCUCGACUGGGUUGAUCAUGGGUUUGGUCGAGGCUGGGCAUUCUAUGUCAUGAUGCAAGUAAACUUUACUUUGGCAUACAACUACGGAUAUUGGCUCGCGGGCUAUAUUGCCAAGGACCCUGCUGAAGUUGUUCGAUUGACGUCAAUUGUCCGUGCUGUUGAAGCUGCUGGGGGAGCUGUUGUAUCUGGAAUUAGCUCAACACAUGCGCCGCUUAUUGCCGCAUUGGGUCUCAACUUUGGAUUAUGGGGUCUUGCCGUGAUACCAACAUAUUUUGUCGCCCAAAAGGUUGGCCUAACCAGGGAGGAUGCUGACGUUGAGAAAGUGACAGUCCAUUCAGAUUAG